AUGGUUGUGAAAUUGAUCUUAGCACACUCACUAUUUACUGCAAUGUUCAUUUGUUGUUGGAGCUCCAUGCAUUUGAACUAUCCAAUAACCACAAACCGGUACAGAUUGGGACUCGGAGGAAAUGAGACGGAUAGGCUGGCACUGCUAGCCAUCAAAGCUCAAAUAAAGCAGGAUCCUCAUCAACUCCUGAGCUCCUGGAAUGAAUCCAUCCACUUUUGUCUAUGGCACGGUGUCACUUGCAGUCUUAGACAGCAUCAGAGGGUCUCUAUGCUAGACCUACAGUCCCAAAACUUUGCAGGGUCCAUAUCCCCACAAAUAGGAAAUCUGAGCUUCCUAAGGGAACUAUACCUCCAAAACAAUAGCUUUACUCAUGAAAUCCCUUCAGAAAUUGGGCAUUUGCAUAGGUUAAAGAUUUUACGUCUAGACCAAAACUUACUUAGUGGCCCUGUUCCUGCCAAAAUAUCCAAUUGCAUCAACCUCAUCUUUAUCCAUUUUGGUGAUAACAGGUUGGUGGGUAAGAUUCCUUCAGAAAUCAGCACCUUGUCAAAGCUUCAAAAACUUGUUUUACAAUCCAAUAAUUUCACAGGAGAAAUCCCUCCUUCCUUGGGGAACCUUUCGUCUCUCGAGACACUCGGUGCUACUUAUAAUAACUUGUUGGGAAGCAUCCCUACCUCUCUGGGCCAGUUGAAAAAAUUAACACGGUUUGCAAUGGAUUCAAAUAACUUGUCAGGUACUAUCCCUCCUUCCUUCUAUAACCUCUCUUCUCUCGUUAUUUUUGCCCUAGCAAUAAACCAAUUUCAAGGGACUAUUCCUUCGGACUUGGCUAAAACUCUUCCUAAUCUUCAAACAUUUGAAUUUCACACGAACCAUUUUACCGGAUCAAUUCCUUCAUCAAUAUCCAAUGCCACAAGUCUAGUGGCAUUUGAAGUUUCAAAUAAUAAACUGACCGGACAGGUUCCAAAUUUGGAAAGGCUUCAUAACCUUGUGAAUUUUAACAUCCAAUUUAAUCAUCUUGGAAGCGGUCAACAGGGUGACUUGAGAUUUGUCUCAGACUUGUGCAAUGCCACAAGGUUAUGGAGGUUGAUAAUAAGCUCUAACAAUUUUGGCGGGACAUUACCCGCUUCAAUAGCCAACCUCUCAACCACUCUUGAAGUUCUUAUUGUUCAAAGAAACAAGCUACAUGGAAGCAUACCAGCUGGGAUAGGGAAUCUGGUCAACUUGGAAUUGUUGGCUCUGGGGGAAAACUCCUUCACAGGUAGCAUCCCCACAGAUUUUGGGAAGCUUUCAAUGGUUGAGGAAAUAGAUCUUCAAGUCAACCAGUUAUCAGGAACCAUUCCAUCCUCUGUUGGAAACUUAACCAAGUUAACCGCACUGGGAAUGCAAGGGAAUAAUCUUCAGGGAAGCAUCCGGGUGCUAGGGGGAUGCCUUGGACUGCAAGAAUUGUAUGCUUCUCAAAAUAACUUUAGUGGCCCAAUACCUCAACAACUUCUUGGCCUCCCUUCCUUAUCAAUCUAUUUGGACUUGUCUAAAAACCACUUUACUGGUUCCCUUCCCAUGGAGGUUGGGAAGUUGAACAAUCUAGGUUCCUUGGAUGUUUCUGAUAACUUGUUAUCAGGAGAACUUCCCAAUAGCCUUGGUAGUUGUAUACAUCUAGAAGUCCUACACUUGCAGGGUAACUUCUUCAAGGGGCUCAUUCCUUCAUCUAUGAUUUCGGUUAAAGGGAUUCAAGAUUUAGACAUUUCUCGUAACAAUUUUUCGGGUGAAAUUCCACGAUUUUUAGAGAGCUUUACCUUGUUGAAGAAUCUGAACCUAUCUUUCAAUCAGUUUUGGGGAGCAGUACCAACUGGAGGCGUUUUAAAAAAUGCAAGUGCUACUUCAAUUGUUGGAAACACCGGGCUCUGCGGCGGUGUUCCUAAUCUCCAACUGGCCAAGUGCAAGUCUAAAGAGUCCAAGGGAGGCGGAUUGUCUCGUGGCCUGAAAAUACUUAUCUCUAUAGUUGUUGGGUUUGCUCUUCUAGGAAUAGCUGUGGUGUUGUAUUUUCUGUUUCUUCGAUCGCCAAGAAAGGAAAACAGGGAAACUGCAUUGAGCACUUCAAUGAACUCUGUUUUGCAAGUGUCAUAUAGUACUCUUCUCAAAGCUACAAAUCGGUUCUCUUCAGCUAAUUUGAUUGGUGUGGGUAGUUUUGGGUCUGUGUAUAAAGGAGUUCUUGAUUUUGAUGGAGUUCAUCUUGUUGCCAUCAAGGUGUUUAACAUGUUACAUCAUGGAGCAUCUAAGAGUUUCUUGGCCGAAUGUGAGGCGUUAAGAAAUAUCAGGCAUCGAAAUCUCGUCAAGAUUAUAACUGCAUGUUCAACUGUUGAUUAUCAAGGUAAUGAUUUCAAGGCUCUCGUGUAUGAGUUGAUGGACAACGGGAGCUUAGAAGAGUGGUUGCAUUCGACUAUUGAAACGAAAGAGGAAACAGAUGUACCCAAGAAUUUAAAUCUUCUUCAGAGGCUAAACAUCACCAUUGACAUUGCUUGUGCACUUGAUUAUCUUCAUAACGGUUGCGAAACACCAAUAGUCCAUUGUGAUCUCAAGCCAAGCAAUGUUCUCUUGGACGCAGAGUUGACUGGACAUGUUUCUGACUUUGGACUUGCAAGAUUCCUUGCAAAAUUAGCCGAUAAGGCUUCAGCAAAUCAAGCAAGUUCCAUUGGCAUAAAGGGAUCGGUUGGUUAUGCUGCUCCAGAGUAUGGUAUGGGAAGUGAAGUGUCGAAAAGUGGAGAUGUCUACAGCUUUGGCAUUCUCUUGUUAGAGAUGUUUACGGGAAGGAGACCCACUGACCACAUGUUUAGUGAUGGCUUGAACCUUCAUAAUUUUGUGAAGACAGCUUUUCCCGAUCGAGUCACAGGGAUUGCAGAUUUUCUUCUUCAAGAAGGCAGCAUCGAAUCUCCCGAACAAUACAGCAUCAAGGCUCAAAGAGUGGAGGAGUGCUUGAGUUUGAUAUUUAAACUUGGAAUUGCAUGUUCUGUUGAAUCCCCCGCUAACCGAAAGGAUAUCAGUGAUGUUGCAUCUGAAUUACAUUCCAUCAGGGAUAUGCUUCUUGGUUAGAAACUUUUCCUACUUUCCUACUCUACAUAUCAAGGAAAGAAUCAGUGGCGCCUGCUGCUUAAGGCUUGGUCUGUUUUUUAUGCCGUUUGUUCAGCAUAUUAUUAUUAUUAUUAUUAUAUUCUACUUGUGUAGAUAAAAUUAUGAGAAAAUCCAGAAUCCUUGCAACCAUGUGAGAGCUGAGCUGCAUAUUGGCCAAGUUGAUGAACCCGACUUGUGUUAGUUUGGACCACAUUUCAAUUCAUGAAAAUAACAUUAUGAUU